GAAGCUGUGGUAUCAUGAGUGGCUCGGCUCUGAGCUUCACCAUAUUCCCAGGAAGUAUCCUUGGGUUCCUCCAAAUAGCCACUGUGCUCACUGUGCUCCUGCUGCUCUUCAAGACAGCCCAGUUCUACCUGCACAGGCGAUGGUUACUCAGAGCUACCCAGCAGUUCCCAUCCCCACCUUCUCACUGGUUCUUUGGGCAUAAGAUCCCAAAGGACCAGGAGUUUCAAGAUAUUCUAACACGGGUAAAGAAUUUCCCAAGUGCCUGUCCACAGUGGCUCUGGGGGAGCAAUGUGCGAAUCCAAGUGUAUGACCCUGACUACAUGAAGCUGAUUCUGGGGAGAUCAGACCCAAAAUCCCAUCAUUCGUACAGAUUUCUAGCUCCCUGGAUUGGGUAUGGUUUGCUUCUGCUGAAUGGACAGACAUGGUUCCAGCACCGACGAAUGUUGACUCCAGCUUUCCACUAUGACACUCUGAAACCUUAUGUGGGCAUCAUGGCAGACUCUGUUCGUAUAAUGCUGGAUAAAUGGGAACAGAUUGUUGGACAGGAUUCCACCCUGGAGAUCUUCCAACACAUCACCUUGAUGACCUUGGACACCAUCAUGAAGUGUGCCUUCAGCCAAGAGGGCAGUGUCCAGUUGGACAGAAAAUACAAGUCCUACAUCAAGGCAGUUGAGGACCUGAACAAUCUCUCUUUUUUCCGUAUACGGAACAUCUUUCACCAGAAUGACAUCAUCUAUAGUCUGUCCUCUAAUGGCCGCAAGGCCCGCAGUGCCUGGCAACUUGCCCAUGAGCACACAGACCAAGUGAUCAAAUCAAGGAAGGCUCAACUUCAGGACGAGGAAGAGUUGCAAAAGGUUAAGCAGAAAAGACGAUUGGAUUUCCUGGACAUCCUUCUGUUUGCCAGAAUAGAAAAUGGAAGCAGCUUAUCUGAUAAGGACCUGCGUGCUGAAGUGGAUACCUUCAUGUUCGAGGGCCAUGACACCACAGCUAGCGGUAUCUCUUGGAUCUUCUAUGCUUUGGCCACAAAUCCUGAACACCAGCAGGGAUGCAGGAAGGAGAUCCAGAGUCUCCUAGGAGAUGGAGCUUCUAUCACCUGGGACGACCUGGACAAGAUGCCCUACACCACCAUGUGCAUCAAGGAAGCUCUGAGGAUCUACCCACCUGUAACAGCUGUGAGCAGAAUGCUCAGCACACCUGUCACCUUCCCGGAUGGACGCUCUUUACCCAAAGGUAUCACAGUCAUGCUCUCCUUCUAUGGCCUUCAUCACAACCCAACUGUGUGGCCAAAUCCAGAGGUGUUUGACCCUUAUCGAUUUGCACCAGAGUCUUCCCGACACAGCCACUCAUUCCUGCCCUUCUCAGGAGGAGCAAGGAACUGCAUUGGGAAACAGUUUGCCAUGAAUGAACUGAAGGUGGCCGUGGCCCUGACCCUGCUCCGCUUUGAGCUGCUGCCAGAUCCCACCAGGAUCCCAAUCCCCAUACCAAGACUCGUGUUGAAGUCCAAGAAUGGGAUCUACCUGCGUCUCAAAAAGCUCCAAUAAUCUUGACAGCACAAGACAGCUCCAACAGCAUGCUGUCUGCCAUUUGUCUUUCUGUCAGUCACUCUUGUCCCCACUCCAUCUGCUCACAUCUCAUUCUUUCUUCUCACCUUGUUCACCUCCACCCACCUUCUGCUGUGCUUCUGGUCUCCUUGUCUGUCAGUCUUUCUAUCUCGACUUCUGGAAUUUCUACCUGCUUUUCUCUCUACCUGGCCCCUACCUGACUUCAUGUUUGACCUUGACCUUAAUGAUCUCCCUAAAUUACACCCUGCCUUCUCUUCUGCAUAUUUCCUUCUAUUCUACUGUUUGUCUGUGCUUAAAUUGAGCUUUAUACCAAUGUCAUAAUUGAUUACAAUAGAAGUAUUGCCCUAUGAUUCGAUAUACCAGGUGUUUUUCAUGAUUUCAUUAGAAUAAAGCUCAGGUCAUUGCAGUACCAUUGCCCUUGGUUAUUUCUGUGACUCUUUUUACCUUUUCCAUCACCUAUAGCUGCAUUCCUAGGUUGCAAGAGCCUGUCUGAGUGUUAAAAUCCAACAUUGUCUUUAAGCACGUCUUAUUCUGUCUCUAGGUCAUCUCUCCAUCUUGUCAAUAUGUAUGCUUACUUUGUGCUUAAGUGGUAAUACUGGUCAUGUUCUUGGUUCUGUCAAAGAGCCAUUGUUCCAGCAACCUAACACAGUCCUUCUCUGACUGUCACCUCAUCUAUCCAUAUAAAUCUCACCUUCAAAAACUCUGCCUACCAGCUUUAAGAGUCUUACCAUCGCCCCAGUGAACGUGAUUGUUGCGGGGAGGGCGGCAAUGGGUGAAGGAUGGGGAGGGGAACACCCGUAAAGAAGGGGAGGGGGAAGAGUUAGGGGGAUGUUGGCCCGGAAACCAGGAAAGGGAAUAACACUCAAAAUGUAAAUAAGAAAUACUCAAGUUAAUAAAAAAAAAAGAGUCUUGUCA